AUGAAAAGGAGAAUAGAAGAGCCACUAGAGCAACUUCUUAAAACUCAUGCAUCCUUCAAAGGAUUUGAAGGUGAGAAAAGUUACAAAGGAAAUGGACAAUGGCGAGGCUGUGGAGGUCGUAGAGGUCGUGGAAGAGGAAGAAGUUAUACCAAUCAUUUCAACAAUGAAGAUAAAGGUCACCAGUCAUUUAGAGGUCGUGGUCGUGGUCAACGAGGAGGUCGAGGAUGUGGAACCUAUCAAGGUACAAAUGAAAUGAGGUAUGACAAAUCUAAAGUUGAGCGUUAUAAUUGUCAUAAAAUUGGACAUAACUCUUGGGAAUGCCGCAAUAAUGUUGAAGAAAAAGUUAAUCUUGUUGACAACAACAGGGAUGAAAAUGAGUCAACACUCUUAUUAACACUCACAGAGGAAAAUAAAGAUGAUUGCAGCUCAUGGUAUCUUGACAUGGAGCAAGCAAUGUGUGGCCACAAAGAUAGAUUUGUGGAGAUAAAGAAGAACGUGAAAGGUAAUGUAUCUUUUGGAGAUACCUCAAAGUUACAAAUUGAAGGGAUAGGUAUGAUUCUGAUAUCCUCUAAAGAUGGUGCUUAUAAAUUGAUUACCAAUGUUUAUUAUAUGCCAAAAUUGAAAAGUAAUAGUUUGAGUUUGGGUCAACUUAUUGAAAAGGGAUAUAAUAUUCAUAUGAAAAAUAUACAUCUUUGGUUAAGAGAUUCAAGUAACAACUUAACUGCUAAAGUUCAUGUGGCAAAGAAUAGGUUGUUUCCUUUGAAUCUUCAAAGAAUUGAUGCAAAAUGUUUGAAGGCUAAUGUACAAGAUGACUCAUGGUGUUGGGAUAUGAAAUUUGGGUACUUGAACUUUAAAGGGCUCAAAUCAAUGGGAGACAAGAACAUGGUUGAUGGGAUACCGUCAAUCAAACAUCCAAAUCAAUUGUGUGAAGCUUCUCUUCUUGGAAAACAUGCAAGGAAGAGCUUUCCAAAGGAGACUACAUCAAGAACAACCUAUGCUCAUGUUCCACAUCAAGGGAGAGCUAAACUUGACGAUCGGAGUGCCAAGUAUGUGUUUGUUGUCUAUGACGCAAGUUCAAAAGGCUACAAAUUGUACAAUCCAAAAAAUAACAAGGUGGUGGUGAGUCGUGAUAUUGAAUUUGAUGAAGACACCCAAUGGAACUGGGAGGCUCCGGAAUAA